CGACACACACGAUUGAUUUGAAGGAUGAACAACGAAGGAAUAAAUAAGGAAAAUACAUAACUGUAGCAAUAUAAUGAAAUAUUUGCCUUCGUUUUAAAACAUGGCUGAAUCAGUGAUGCUACAAAACUGUUUUCAACUUUUACCGGGUAAAAGGUUUUAUGACGUUCGACUGACAAGAGAAAAACUGUUUUAUAACGAAACCACCAUUGAAUCUUGCUGUAAACCUUCAAAGAAUCAUUUAUUUAACCUAAGUGUUAGCGAUAUUUAUGGUGCUAAGUUAUUUAGGAGUAGUAUCAACGAGGAUGAAAACGCCUAUAUUCAUAUCUACAUUUGCCCCGUGCGGGGAAAUAAGAGAAUAAGACGAAAAAUCCGUUUCAAAGUCAGUGGAUGGGAAGAUCUUGAAUCUAAUAUCAAACGAGCUGAACACUGGAUCAAGACGAUCUUAUGGUUAAUAAGAAAUCCAAGCAUAGAUACUGCUACUUUGAAAGAUAAAAAUCUGCCACCAAGAAGAAAGCUACUUGUUUUAGUAAAUCCUUCCAGUGGACAGGGCAAGAGUCUGAAGGUUUUCCAGAAAAAAGUGUCACCCAUGUAUAAAGAAUCAUCAAUAGAUUUUGAACUACUUGUAACUGAAUAUGCUGGACAUGCUAAAGAAAUUGGCCUAAACCUAGAUGUAGAGCAGUGGGAUGGCAUUGUAAUUUGUUCUGGAGAUGGUCUGGUUUAUGAGUUGGUAAAUGGUCUAAUGAACAGACCAGACUGGAAAAGAGCUAUUCAAAUGCCUAUUGGUGUCAUCCCAACUGGUUCUGGUAAUGCAUUGUGCUACUCAGCCCUUUAUGCCUCAGGAGAACCUUUUGACGUGACUGCUGCCAUCUUUGCUACUAUCAUUGGACAAACCCAUAAACUGGAUAUAUGUACUAUUGAUACACCAAAUGACAGGUUCUUCUCGUUUCUGUCUUUAACCUGGGGGAUUAUUUCUGACGUGGACUUAGAGUCUGAGAAACACAGAUAUCUUGGCAAUGCCCGGUUUACUGUAGGUGCUGUAAUAAGAAUAAUAGGAUUGCGUACUUACAGAGGAAGACUGUCGUAUCUGCCGAUGAAUAAUGAACAUGAUGAAGUAACAAGUAGUGUUGACAUCCCUAAAGAGCAAUUAAGUGAUUUAGAUAAUGACUCUCCAGUUUUUCACUCAUUUGGAAGCCCAAGUGGAUCCUUUUUUCCAGAUGAAAAUGUUAAGGAAGAGAGACUUGGGACAGAUUUACCCUCUAGCCAUGAGAAUGCUGUCAUGCUUCAAAGUGAAAAACCUUCAGUCAAUGACAUUUCCAAGGUUUACAAACAUCAUCAAGGACCUGAUACACCACUGUUGCUUCCAUUUGAGAAACAUGUGCCUGCAAACUGGAAGACUAUUCAAGGUACCUUCAUUCUUGGCUCUUCAGUCAAUCUUUCUCACCUGGGACCAGACAUUAUGGCUGCCCCAGAAGCAAGGUUUGGUGAUGGUGUCAUGCACAUAACGUAUUCUAAAGCUGGAAUCUCUAGGUUAAAGCUUCUUUCGCUGUUUAAUAAAAUGGAAGAUGGCUCACAUGUGGAGGCUGAUGAAUGUGUAACUGUGAGUGCACAGGCUUUCCGACUUGAGCCAGAUUUGUCUGAAAAUGGAACACUUGCAAUAGAUGGCGAGGCCAUUCCUUAUUCAGUGGUUCAGGGACAGAUCCAUAAAGGACUAGCACAAGUCAUGUGUUCAAAAUCUCAUAGAUAACAUCAUCUAAUUAUUUUUUUUUUACCACUUAAUUGAAAUCAUAUCAAUAGCAUUUUUUCCCUUUUUUUUUUACAUUUUUAUUUUUAUUGAUGAAAAAUCUUUUUCAGUACAUGACCAUUGGUGGGGACAGAUUGUUUAAAAUGGCCUAGAAUAAUGAUAGAAUUAAUAGAUUAAAUAUUAUAGACUAAUUAUAAACCAGGGGGUGGGUUGGGGUGGGUAGGAGAGUGGGUGGAACUUGACAUUUUAUGUCCUCAGAAAGGCAAGACUCGUAUAACUCAAUGAGUAAAUCAAAGAACAGAAUAUUUAAUUCUCAUGGCAAGAAAGGGCAACAGGUUUUCAACCUUUUGAUUAAAAGUUUUUUUGUCCAAGGGUAGGGACAGAAUAUUUCAUUGUUCAAAUAUUAGAUCGCUUAGGAUAAGAAAAUAACAAACCCUUUGAUUAUUAUUAAUAUUAAUAUUAAUAUAUAAUUUUUGUGCUGUCAAUGAAGGCUAAAAUUGAAUCUUUUUCAAUGGUUAUCCUAUUUCUUUGAUGAAGAAGUAAAAUUAUCCAAAUCUAGAAAAAAAUACAAAAUUAGAAUCGAAUAUAACAACCUUGAAACAAGGCUUUGUAUGAAUUAUUUAAAAAUUAUGAAUUUGAAACUUUAAGACAAUGACUUUACAUCAUUGUUAAAAUAUAAUGACAGACAGAAUUGCUCAAACACUAAAUAAAUCUAUGAAUAAUCACUAUUUGAAAGUGCCAGACCUUGAUUUUAGUUGGUGUAUAACGUUGGUGUUCAAAUUUAUUAUUUUAAGAAUCGAAAGCUUAUUAAUAUCAUCAUUCAUUAAGCAUAUUAUAAGCCGCCUUUUGUGCGUGGUAAAACUUUAAAAAACUAUCGACUAGCUUAUAGUUCAAAUUCUUGUUCCUUUUGAGAAUACUAGCUGUUAAAUUUUCACAAACUGUAUUCCGUCCAAUAUGUACUAAAAAAAUCUGAUAGUACGGUGCACAAAGAUUCGAUGUCAUGCGCAUGGAAUUUUAAAGAAAAUGCUUUUUUGUACACGAAGGUAAAACAAAUAAAUAACA